UUUGCACAUUACAAGCAUAAAUCACAAGGCCAACCAGCCCCCACUCUUUGCCUAGUUGUCUCCCUUACACAACAAUUAUAUUUUUCCUUAGAUUUUCUAUUCUAAUUAACCUCUCUAAUAUUGUGUUCUUUUUUCAAUAUUUGCAACAUCUUUGAUUGGAAUCUUUUUGCAAACACAAAGACAGCACAGAUAGAUCUCCUUUGUGCUGUCCAGUUGACCCCAAAACAGAACAAAAAUUUUUUAGACCCAAACAAAAGGAAAUACUUACUCAUCUUAUUUCUUCACAACCAACAGAAGUAUAUAUAAAAGGCAUACAUAUAUUCAUUGCCAUGCAGGUUCUUCGGUGGUUAUUCAAGGUAACACAAGAUCAUAAACAAGGUGACGAUAAGUCCAACUUAGAGAACAAAUCUCUUCAAGAUAAGGAGAAUUUAAAGGACAUAGUUUCUUACGAGCAGAAAAGGAUUCGGAAGAAAACUCGAAAACCCGAGGAAACUACAUUAGAUUGUAAAAAUCUUAAGUAUUUAGCUUUGUUUCUUAGGAGAGGUAAUAUAGAUCCUUAUUUUAGUAGCAAAGUUCAUAGGAAAAGACUUAGUAGUCUUAACCAAAGGCAACAAAAACAAUAUAUUGUUUCAAUGAAGAUGAAAGAUGAUUUGGUUAAAAGCCUUGGUAAGAAUCAUAAGGUAGACUCAACUGGGCAUGUUAAAAAUAAGGUAUUGCCAAUUAGUGAAUCAACUUCAUCAUCAUCAUUAUCAAGCAAGGUAGGUGAACAGCAAUGUGAACCGUCUGAUCAUGAUCCAAAGAAAGAUAGAUCAAAUAAAGGGGAAACUAAUAAGAAUAAGACACUUUCUAGAAUGAAGGAGCUUUUGAGAUGGGCUGCUAAUGCUAAGUCUGAGAAAAGAGGAAAAUUUGGAAGUAAGGUUUUGCAUUUCAGGAAUAAAUCAGCAACAAUAAAGUCAGGUGGUUAUGAUAAUGAAGUAUGUAAUAAUGAAUCCCCAAAAAUAAGCUUAAAAUGGGAAGUAGAAAGUUGUACUACAAAUUGUUCAGCAGUAUCAGCUCCACCUACAAUGAAGUAUGAUGAAUUUUGUCCUAAGACUGGGAAUUGGAUCACAAGUGAUGAUGAAUUUGUGGUGCUAGAGCUCUGAACAAUGACGACGAUGCAAAAAUAAUACUUUUGAUCAUUAGCUUCAAUUAUUGGCUAUUCAAUAACUAAAAUGUAUUGUUAGUAACUUUUUGAGUUUUGCUUAGCAGGCUAUUUUAUGACUUCAGUAACUAAAUUACUGCCUUUGUCACUCUUGCUAUGUUUCCUCAUGGGAUGAAUUAGAGUGUUGUAUAUGUUUUUGUAAAUCCAUUUUAAAGUGGGGUUAAAAUAGGGUUUGAUUAGAAGAUUAGAUAGUCCGUUUUGAACGCUUUUAGUAUGAACCUAACCUAUCAACAAGACGGAAUAGCCAAUGGUUUUUCGGGCAAUGUCACUCUUUAGCUGUAAGGUGUCACAUUUUAAAUUUUUAUUAGGAGAUGGUUCACCCAAAACUCGAAUAUUUGAAAUUUGAAUGCAAUGUUGUCAAUGUAUCGCAUAUUCACAAUAAUUUACUAUUUCAAGAAAUCAACUCGAUUAAAAAUUUAAGUCGAUACUUAAAAUUCAAAAUAUGUGUAUAUUUUAUACUUAAUUACAUACCUUUUUGACAUGAUAUUUUCCGAUAAAAAAACUUAAGCGUACGAAUUAAAAACACUAGUAGGACAAAGGACUCUACUAAUGCAUCAACACCUUAAAUUGAAUUUACUUGAAUGCUUAAAUAAUACUUUUUAAAAAUCAAUUAACGAAAACUCUAACCUAGGGAUAACAAUUCAGAU